GCUUCAAUUGAAGAAGAUGGCAAAGACAUAAUUCCAGUUUCAGAACAGAAGAUACAAGGUGGAGAAAUGGUGGUUCUGAAGAGGUUCAAGAAAAAGACGAGAAAGGAGGAAAGUGGGGAGAUGGGGUUGGAUAAUAUGCAGGGAAAUGAGAGCCAAAUAAGCAAAGAGUUAGUUCUGAAACAGGAAAGGAAAAGGAUUUCGUGGAAGAGGGAUAAGGAAGGGAAGGAGGCUCAAGAUGAGCCUAACAGAGGGGAGCCAAAGGAGGAUGUCUGGGUGGUAAAGGGAAGAGAAUGCCUUAAAGAUUUGGACCUUGAUAUUAUGUAUGGAGAUAUGGGUGGUGAGCAAACCUUCUUAUUAAGAGGAGGAACUAGUAGCCAGCCACCAGAUAGAAUUGAUGAGGAAGAGGAAUUGGUGGAGCAACAAGAGUCUUUGUAGGAUGAGGAUAGAGCUAUUAUAGCUCUAGAUUAAUGUUUCAUUUGGGAAUUAUUUAUUUCUACUUUGUUGAUUAUGAAUCAAAAAUUAUUAGUGUGGAAUUGUAGGGGAGCAGGGGGAAAGGAGUUGGAGAGGGGUCUAAGAAUGUUGAUUAAAGACAAACGUCCUGAUGUCAUUGUACUUCUGGAGACUAGAGUUGGUAGUCAGAGGGAAAAGGAGAUUUUUCAUAGGGUGUGGUUCCAAGAUGUCAUUGCUAUUCCAGGAGAAGGGUUUUCAGGGGGGAUUUGGAUAGCUUGGCAUGGUUGGUAUGUCACUCUUACUGAAUAGAGACUGAAUAAACAGUUUGGAAUGUUUCAGAUUAAGUUUGGUAAUGAGGAGACCUGGAGGAUUGUUUUUGCGUAUGUAUGCCCAAGGGAAAGAGAGAAACAGGACUUCUAGGAGGAGAUGGAGAAAGUUGCUGCUGGGGGUAGUGAACCUU